AUGGCGCCAGUGAGGGCAGAGGUCGCCCUCGACCAUUGCCAUAAGGCAACUGUCCUCGGCAACAAGAUAUCGAUACAUAUGCUCGAUUUCUUGAGCUCCAUCAAAAACCACCCACUCGGCUUCCUCGAGCUCGCCCACGACUUUCUCGAUGUUUGCCGAAUCAUGUGGUCUAUCGAGGCUGGACUGAACGAGUUCUCCCGAAACCACCACGACUUGCCGACUGAGAUGAUUCAAGAGCUCGAUAAAAAAUUCAAAACUACUUUCAACGACUUCCAGCUACUUGACCAGUGGCUGAGCCGUUUCCUUGAGUAUGAGCGAAAGGGAACGGUGGGGAAAAUCCAGAGGGGUUGGAGGAAGAUGUUCGCGGAUACUGGGGUCGAUAAAAUGAAAGAGUCACUCGAAAAGACUAAAGAAGCCCUCAGAAUGAGCGCGCUUGUCUUUCAGUGGUCUCUUGGGGAUGCCAAGAUUGACGAUACCGUCGGGAUUGGCUACACCGGCCUCGCCGCCGCGUUGGAUCGUAUGGACCGCGGAAAGUCAGUAGUUGGCAUUGCCAAGCUGAAGUCCCUCGAACCACACAUGGCAACGCUACAGGUCGACGAGGUGUCCGCUAUCGAGUCCUAUGCAAACUCGCAAUCGCACUCGCACUCGCACGUGCACUCACCCCCACACUCGCUGCCGCCUCUGGAUAUACAGAAAGGGUCAACGACAGAUCUCCUUCCGUUCGGGGUUCGCGAUGACCAUAGCACACGAUCGAUCCCGGAGUUGCACUUCCCUUCGUUGAUCCGGCGAACUUCGAAUUCAGAUCACACAGUUUCGUCUCGAGGCGCCAGGGAACGUAUCCUUUCUUCUACUACCACGGACAGCAUUGCCAAAAGCCAUUCGCCUUCUCACCUCGACAGAACAUCAGGUAACACUGAAGGAGAUACUCUUAUUGGGGAAGAGGACUACUUUGAUGGUCCCAUCAAAGUUGUCCGUGUCAAGGCAGACCCCUUUACCAUGCCUCGGUGGUCCCCCAGAAAUACCGUUGGCGCAAACACCCCAGCUCUGCAGGACGCUCUCAUCUCUGCCGUGGAGGCUCGAAACAGUAAACUGGUCGAGCAACUGCUUGACCGCGGUGUAUCACCCGACACUAGCCCUGAUGCGCACGCCUUGAACGAAGCAGUCCGCCUCCACGAUGUUGAAACGGUUCGCCUACUCCUCCUCUUUGGGGCUGAUCCGAAUGCGCCAGACAAGUCAGGGGUUACGCCCCUUUUCUCCGCUGUGGAAGAAUCCUUCCUCGACGGAGCUAGUAUGCUGCUCAAGUACGGUGCCGACCCAAACCUCGCUGCUGGCCAUGCGCCCGACUCGCCUCUGGCGCUAUCAAUCGCCGAGGACAAGUACAACUUUACACGGCUGCUCCUCACAUAUGGCGGAGAUGCGAAUACGAUCAUGGCGGACGGAGAUACAGUCUUGAUCAAGGCCAUAGCUCUUAAGCGGGCGAAGAAGAUGAUCGAUCUGUUGCUUGAAUACGGCUCUGAUGCAAAUGGCAAGAACCGGGAGGGUAAGACGCCACUUUUCGACGCGAUCCAAGGCGGCCGGGCAGAUGUCGUCACGACCUUGAUUGAUCACGGCGCAAACCCCAAUCUUCCGGGCCCAAAGCAUAUGCUCUGGCCAUCGACGUAUCAAACAGCAUGCCUUAAAGUCUUGUUGGCACGAGGCGCCGAUCCUAAGAAAGCCCCAGGGAUUAUGGAGCUUGCAACGUCUAUCAACAACCUCGAGUCAGUCCGAGUGCUUCUCAAGGCUGGUGUAGACCCGAACGCCAAAAAGGAUGGAAUCUUCACGCCGCUGUGCACCUCUAUUCGCGACAACCGCCCGGACAUCUUCCAGCUCCUUCUGGCCAACGGCGCGGACCCGAACGUGCCCGCCUCUGAAUACCCUUGCUUCAAGUGCGUUACUCAUAACCGACCUCAGUUCCUUGCGCCCCUCGUGGCAGCCGGAGGAGAUCUGAACUCGCCAAAGGGCAUCCUCGAGACUGCCGUGCAGCACAAUAAUGUGGAGGCCAUCAACUGGCUGAUCGAUAAUGGUGUUUCGGUGAAUGACAAGACGCCGAAGACGGCGGCAACACCGCUGACCACGGCAAUCCGGGAGAACCGCCCGGAACUGGUCGACCUGCUCCUGCAGAGGGGUGCGGAUCCCAACGUCAGGGGCCAGGACUGGCCCGUGUGCAUGGCUGUCCGCCAGCCUGCUAUCCUGAAGAGACUUCUUCCAACACUUGCCGAGCCAAGGGCCUUCAAGGGAGUCAUGGAAAUGGCUGUCGUCGCCAACCAGUUGGAGAGUAUCAAGCUGCUGCUCCGUGCUGGCGUCAGCGUUGAAGAUAGAAAUGGCGGCGUCUUCUCGCCGCUGACCACCGCUAUCCGGGAAGACCGAAAAGAGAUCGUUAAGUUCCUCCUCGAAGAGGCUGGUGCAGACCCCAAUGCGCCGGGUGAGCAUCUACCGAUUGUCAAGGCACUGAGGAGGUUGCACGAUGGCGACACGGAAAUCCUCGAGAUGGUCCUGGACAAGGGUGCCGACCCCAACAAGGUCUAUCGUGGUCACAAUGCCAUCAUCCAGGCCUUGGAGAACGGCGACGCAGACGUGCUCAAGCUCCUGGUCGACAAGUGUGGCGUCGACCUUGAGGCCAGGGACGAGUCUGGCAGAACCGUUGUCGAGCUCGCAUCGAGCAGGGGUUGGGCUGAGGCGUCUGAUAUACUGCUCAAGGCUAAGCGGGUGUAA